CACCACCUCCCCAAUAAAACCCACGCGCGGACACAGCGCACGCAAAAUCGCAAAUCCACCCACCCAAACUCACGAAUUCGAUGGACACCGACCUCGGCGGCGGCGGCGGCGCGUCGGGGAUGGACGAAGCGGAGGCGGCCUUCUUCGCGCGGCGCGGGCGGCGGUGCUGCUGCUUCCCCUGGCCCUCGUCGGCGUCGUCCCACCAGCGGGUCGGCGGGGCGGAGGAGGAGAGCUGGUGGCAGCGCGCCGUGGACGCGGUGCUCAAGGUGCGGGAGUGGUCGGAGCUGGUGGCCGGGCCGCGGUGGAAGACCUUCAUCCGGCGGUUCGGCCGCGGCGGCGGCGGCGGCGGCGGCGGCGGCGGGCCGCGGCCGCACAACUACGGCCGGAAGCUCAACUACGACGCGCUCAGCUACGCGCUCAACUUCGACGAGGGCCACGGCGCCAGCCCCGAGGGCGACUACACCGGCUACCGCGACUUCUCCGCCCGCUUCGCCGCCCCGCCGGCCUCCGCCAAGUCGUCCAUGGACCUCGGCGGCCGCGACGCCCCGCCGCUCUUCAACCCGCCGCCGCCCCACGACGGCGCCGGCCGGGCUUGACCUCUCGUUCCUCUCCCCCACAAUCACUUCACCGGAUCAAACGAGAACACGGCGUCCUGUCCUCGAUUUGCUUCGGGUUGCAAUGUCGUGAUUUGGUGAGAAGCGAGAUCGAUCGUUGUUUCGGUUCGGUUCCCCUCUCAUCUUCUGUUUCCUUCAAUUGAGUUCGUUCGUUACUGUACAAAAAAGAACAUAGAUUUGUUUAAUUCGUUCUCUGUCAUCGAAUUGUCGCCGUGAAUUCGUCGAUCGUGUCGUGCCACAGUUUUGUCCCGAUUGAAGCAAACACGUUUGAAGUUUUUUGAUCGAUCAAAUUUUACUCC